AUGGUUCAAAAUGGUCGUAUGAUCUUGAUACUUCAUGGUCGACAAGCCUCAGAUCCUUGGGAUAAGGAGAGAUGCUACCAUUGGGAAAUAUUAGCUGAGGCCAUAUCUGAGAUGGCAAAUGUUUUAUCUUUGUCCCUCGAGGGCUUGGUUGAUGAAGAGAAGUUGGACUCCUUCAAUGUACCAUACUACACGCCAUUACAUGAGGAAGAACAAGAUACAACGGACAAGGAGGGAUCAUUCGCAGUUGAACAUANAUUAAUAUAA